AUGCACUUCACCACGCCCCUCCUCGCCGCCCUCGCAGCCUCCGUCUCCGCCCACGGCGUCGUCACCGAAAUCAAAGGCGCCAACGGCGUGACCAUGCCCGGCCUAUCCAUCCAAGACGGCACACCACGGGACUGCUCAUCCAACCGCUGCGGCUCCCAAGCCGACACAUCCAUCAUCCGCGACCGCGAAAUCGCCAGCGGCAAAGCCACCCCGCUCGGCCGCACCCAAGGCAACGGGCCCGUCGUCGCCGAAGUCAUGGUCGCCGCCUUCAUGGGGACUGGCAACGCACCACCCGCCAACGAGGGCGCGUCCGGCAGCGUCGGCGUCGAGGACAAUAUCCAGCAGCCGGCGGGCGGUCAGAAGAGGCGCCAGUUAUUCAGCGGCCUCUUCGGCGGGGGGCGGAACCGCAAUGGCAAUGGUAAUGGUAAUGCCAGAGGUGGUGGUGCUGCUACGGGCCUCACUGGCCUGCUGGGCGGCGGCGGUGACAAGGCGGAUGGACCGCCUGAAGCCGGUGUCGCUGCUGCGCAGGGAGCGGGCGCUACGUCUGGUCUUCCGACGUGCUCGGAUGACGGCGUUGUCACUAUGACUCUUCGCCAGAUCAACCAAGACGGCGCCGGCCCCUUCACCGCCGACGUCGACGGCACAUCCGGCGGCACCGACGAAUCCGCCAUGCAGCCCGCGACCGUCAUCAAGGACGUCCCGGGUAUCGGCUUCCAGGGCCUCUCGCUGGCCACGAACACGGAUUUCGAGAUGCAGGUCCAGAUGCCCGCGGGCAUGACGUGCGAUGCCACCGUCGCUGGGACGCCGAAUGUCUGCGUCAUGCGGGUCCGGAAUGGCGCUGCGGCGGGUCCGUUCGGUGGGUCGGUUGCGUUUACGCAGAGUGCGGCGAGCAGGAAGAGGGCGAUUGCGUAUAGGCUUAAGAAGCGCAUGGAGAUUGGCGGGCAGUUUUGA